AUGUUCGGCUACAACAACCUCCUCCGUGAAGCAGAGUUCGAUGACCUCCUUUACGCUAACAUUCAGUUACCAUCACACCGUUCAGAAGAGGAUUUCGAAGAACAAUCCCUUGACAGCGCUGCCUCUUCAUUUGUUGAUGAUUUCCCAACACAGGCCGAAGUAGACUCAGAAAGACCAGUCGAAGAGCUUACAAACUCUCCAUAUUUUGUUUAA